UGAUAAAGCGAAGGUGAAGAACAGGGAAUUGCGCUGCCAAAACCACUAAACAAAUAGCCUUGACUUUGCCUCGGCAUCCGUGGGAAAGAUCGCAAAAAGGCCUCUCGUCUCAGAAACGGGUUUAGUCUAAAAACAACAACAACAAAAAGCAUUUUACAUUGACACAAGUAACGCAGGUCCAUUUUUGUUUGGAGCUAAAGUGAAUACAACCACACUUAAGUUCACUUGCUGCUCGGAUACAAAUUUGAAACUAGUGCACCAGAGUUCAGAUACUAGCGUUGGCACUUGAUCAAGCAAACGGCGUUAUCAGAGCAAUCGUGCCACGGUUGGGAUGAUUACGUUCUGAUGGUACCAAAGUAAGAGCAAACCCUAAAUCUGCAUCUUACCGAGGCAUUUUGAACCGUCCUACGCUUCCGGUUUAAACAGCUCGUCUGGAUGAGUGGGCAAAAAUUCACUUCAAAUCUUGUCGAAAGUUGUGCCGCAAUUAUCGCUGCGGAGAGGAAACCGACCGUUUCCAGUCGCAGUAGCUGAUCUCAAGAUGCUGACAGUAGGGAACGAUCUGAACCGCAAGCGGAGGCAUCAUUCUCCAGACGCGAGAGCUUUUCGGCCGCUUGUUUUGUGUUCUUGAGCCAAAACACGGCAUGCCUCUGCGAGACUGACUGAGAAGAAAAAGCGGGUGCCGACGGACGCCGGCGUGACGAGAGACGAGAUGAGUAGCGGCAAGGUGGACCGGUUUGUCUAGACCGUCUGGUUGCUUUCGGAGGAAUGUUGGCUAGAACUGUCACGUGUUUGGAGCUGUCGUUGUGUGUGUACGGGUAUGCUAAUUUGCUCCCGCGUAAGCAUUAGUGCUAGUUGCGAGUGAGUGUAAUGACAUGUAGCGCACUCCGAGGUGGUACAAUGUUCAACUCCCCAAGGGAAUACGUCCGCUGAUGGCACGGGACCCCGAGAGUGGAAAAGGCGAUGUGACGAGAAGCGAAUGAUAUCCGGUGACUCGGCACUUCCCACAUGCGGUGCGGCGCGUGUCCAUCAUCUUUGCAGACGACCUUUCUCGUCCUCGGGGCCCGGUCGGCCGCUUUCCGACCUCUGCGAGACCGCGAGAUCUUCAUCGCACCCGGAUGGGAUGCCUGACGACCUGUCGCUGGAGGAACGAGAUGAGCUGUGCAACAUCCGACGCAGGAAAAAGGAGCUGCUGGAUGAUAUUGAACGGCUGAAGUUCGAGAUAGCGGAAGUCAUGACGGAAAUCGAGCAGUUAACAUGCGUCGGGGAGAGCAAAACCACACAAAGAAACAAACAGAUCGCCAUGGGGAGGAAGAAGUUCAACAUGGACCCCAAAAAGGGGAUCCAGUUCCUUCUGGAAAACGAUCUCCUCCAGAACACACCGGAAGACAUCGCACAGUUCCUGUGCAAAGGCGAGGGCCUUAACAAGACCGUGAUCGGGGACUACUUGGGGGAGCGGGACGACUUCAACAUCAAGGUGCUGCAGGCGUUCGUGGAGCUUCACGAGUUUGCCGACCUCAACCUCGUCCAGGCCUUACGGCAGUUCCUGUGGAGCUUCAGACUUCCGGGCGAAGCUCAGAAGAUCGAUCGUAUGAUGGAGGCCUUCGCCUCCAGGUACUGUCAGUGCAAUCCUGGCGUCUUCCAGUCCACAGACACCUGCUACGUGCUCUCCUUCGCCAUCAUCAUGCUGAACACCAGCCUGCACAACCCCAACGUCCGAGACAAGCCGCCCGUGGAGCGCUUCAUCUCCAUGAACCGAGGCAUCAACGAGGGCGGAGACCUCCCGGAGGAGCUGCUCAGGAAUCUGUACGACAGCAUCAAGAGCGAGCCCUUCAAGAUCCCGGAGGACGACGGGAACGACCUGACGCACACCUUCUUCAACCCGGACCGCGAGGGCUGGCUGCUCAAAUUAGGCGGCAGAGUGAAAACCUGGAAGAGGCGGUGGUUCAUCCUGACAGACAACUGCCUCUACUACUUUGAAUACACAACGGGCCAGCAUCAGCAGAGACCCCUUCUACGACAUGCUCGCCACCAGGAAGAGACGUAUCGCCAACAAGAAGUGACGAAGAGGGCCAAAAAUUGCGACAGGUUUUUUUUUUGUUUUUUUUUUUUGGAGGGGGGGCUGAAUGGGGGUGCGCCCUGUGGGAGGGGCCAGCACGCAAGUGGACUUUUUGUUCACGCGCGCCUCAUCCUCCCUCGCCUCAUUCUGCUAAAACAAGUUCCAGGUGCACAUGCACGUGGGCUAUCAUAGACUGAUGUGCGCGCGCGCGCACGAUUCUCUCCACUGUGCUGCAUGACGGAGAUGUUGGAGUGUGACCUCAGCAAGUGAGCACGUUUGGAUUUUUGAGAAAAAAGAAAACCCGACAACUAGAGUCUUGAGUCAGCUGGACUGAUUUCAUCCAAUCGUGACGGGCGGACAAUUGGGAACUGUGCACAACUGUUCACCUUUUGUUUGAAGUCAAGGGCGUCUCCUACAAACGCGUGUCUGGGCUACACUGAAAAGAACGACGCCAAUAUACAUAUUACAGCAGAGCCGCAAAACGUUGUUCCACAUCAAUCAAGUCGGAAUAUUAUGAGGAACAAAUGGCGUUGAACAACAAUGCCAUUUUACAAGAAUUCUUCAUAUUACGAGAAAAAGUUGCAGUUUUGAUUGUGGAAAAAGUAUUUUACUAGAAUAUAGUCUUAAUAUUAUCAUGAUGAAAUUGUCAUUUCAAAACAAAGAAAAAUAGUUUUCAUUUUCCGGAAUUAAGUCAUUAUUUUAUGCUAACAAAGUUCCAAUAUUACAAGAAAAUUGUUUGCAUUUUUUUUACGUAUAUAACAAGGAUAGUUUUAAUUUUACCAGAAAAAGUUGCAAUUUUUCAGGAGGAAAAAGACUUCACUGAACUUGACUUUAUUUGCUUAAGUAACUUUACUCUUAAAUAUAUAUAUAUAUAUAUGAGUAAUAUAUAUAUUUAAAAUAUAAGAUUAAAGUUAUUUACGCAAAUCAUCAAGAAUCAAGUUCUCAUUUUACCAGCAAGAAGUUUUAAUAUUGGGAAACAGAUGUGGUGAUAUUUGAUUUGGAUUUUCUUUUAAAUUUUGCAAGUCCAAAGAUAUUUUAUGAGCAAAAAAAGUCGUAGUUUUUGUAAUGGGAGAAAAUGUGGCGAUUGCACAAAAAGAAAAACAGUACAAAAAUAUUUUCAAGAAUAAGGACAAAACAUGAACUUGUGGAUUUUGUCAAGUUAUCGUGUAAUAUUGCAAAUAUAUUCCUAUAUAAUAUAUUUUUGCCCCUCAAUCCUCCAUUUUGACCUUGCAAAAACAUUUGAUUUUCUUAACAUUGAGAGACUCCAUUUUCUCAGCAAACAGUUUUUCCCCCGUCCAAGGAUUUUGUUGCCUUGUGGUGAUUCUUUCAUUUCUUUUCAGUGUGGCCUCGGCACUUUCCAAACUUCCCGAAGGUUUUAAGAGGACGUCUGAUUAAGCUUUUGUUUGUUUGUUUGUUUGUUUAUUUUGUCCCCGCCGUUGUCUUAACGUGUUUCGGUUCGUAAUUCGCCGAUCUUUGCUUGCUUUUUGUGUUCAUAUCAAAUAUAACCUAAUUCAUUAUUAUUAUUUUUUGGGUAUUUAUUUCAUUCUGUGAAACGAUUUGAUGCCACCUGUAAAUGUUCAACAAUGUACGCUUAAGUUAUGUUUUGUUAUUUGCUUCGGUUUGGGGGUGGUCUUCUUUACAAAACGCCUUAAAAAAACAAUCAUUCCAAAAAAAAAAAAAAAAAAGAAUGAAUGAUAACUGUAAGUGUGACAAUAUUUGCAAAGUUUUUUUUUUUUUUAAAAGCCAUGACUGACGUGUGACUGGGCGAUGCAUUUGUGAUAGUCAAGAAAAUGGUGCUUGAUGUGACAUUUAUGAUGAUGAAUUAUAACGCUAUAUCUCAUGAUGAUGAUGAUGAUGACGAUGCAUAUAUCCUGGAUCAAAAUGUCAAAAAUGAGCAAGUCAGAAGUUUUCUUUGUAAUUGUAAAGUCUAAGGAGAUGCCUUGUGGUUCAGGGCACAUUAUUAUUAUGAUUAUUAUUAUCCUCGCAUUAAUGUUUUGAUGGUUUUGUAUGUGAAGCGAUCGGUGGCGUGCACGUGUUCAUAAAGCUUCCAGCAGAUGUGUCGAUUA